AUGGCUCUUGAACCAGGGCUCGCUCCAGGCUCCCCAGAGAGCUCCGGGCGCGAAUCACCGAUACCUCGUCAGUGGAGGAACCAGCUUGGAGUUGAGGAUGUGCCCAAGGACAAAGCCUUUCGGAAAUACGCUUCGGGCGUUGAGAGGACACUCGCCCUAUUCGAGACCGCUCUCCAGGAGUGGGCCGACUAUAUUUCCUUUCUGAACCGACUGUUGAAGGCCCUGCAAGCAAGACCGAACAACAUCACCACUGUUCCCUCGAAAUCCCUGGUCGCAAAACGACUUUCGCAAUGUCUCAACCCCUCGCUUCCUUCUGGCGUUCACCAGAAAGCACUCGAGGUCUACCAAUAUGUCUUCACCAUGAUAGGCAAGGAGGGCCUCUCCCGGGACCUCCCUCUAUAUUUCCCCGGUCUGGCCUCGACACUGUCAUUUGCCUCCCUAUCAAUUAGAUCGCCAUUCCUCGAACUACUUGAGAGUCACUUCUUAGUCCUGGCCCCGCGCUCCUUGCGCCCGGCGAUGAAGUCCAUUGUCCUGGCCCUGCUUCCUGGACUGGAGGAUGAAACCGCUGAAGAUUUUGAGCAGACUCUGAAUCUGGUAGAACGCUUCAAGAUGGCAAUACGCCCACCCAACAGCAAAGAAAUCACACGUAUACACUUCUCAGGCGAUUCGUUCUUUUGGCAGUGCUUUUUCUUGGCUUCCAUCACCAGCCAGAGCCGACGGGCUGGAGCUCUGGCUUAUCUGGUGCGAAACCUGCCGAAUCUUGGCCAACCCUUGAAUCUGGACGCCGGCGCCCCUAAAAGUAACGAGGACAUGACCACGGCUCAGCUUGCCCAGAUGGUCACCUCGCCUGAGCCGGGACUAUUACUGAGGUGUUUUGCGGCUGGGUUGGGUGACGAGAAUCUUUUGGUGCAACGGGGAUACCUGGACUUGCUAGUGUCCCAUGUACCACUUCAUUCGAAUGUCCUCCAGGUUCGAGUGAAGCCUACCGAUCUUGAGCUUCUUCUUCGUGCAGCUGCCGGUGUGGUGACGCGCCGAGAGAUGAGUCUCAACCGGAGGCUUUGGGCUUGGCUACUAGGACCGGAACCGACAGGAGCCAGCAUGGAAGGAGAGAACGGCUUGGAAUCACCCUAUUCGAUCUCAGACAACCAUGCUGGUGGCAUGGCUGGAAAAACAGGUUAUUUCGAGGCGUAUGGCUUGCAAGCCCUGAGCAGAUCACUCUUGGCUAUGAUCAAGACCAGUGAGGAAGGUGGUCCCAUUGAAAGGGCCCGACCAUAUCGCAUAUGCCUGUCCCUGAUGGAUAGGUGGGAGAUCGGGGGUCUUGUGGUUCCCGAGCUCUUCCUCCCGAUAGUUGAUAGUGUGCGGAAGUACAAAACGACCGCACUCUCGAAGCCGGACUUCAGCGAAGUUCUUCGAAGCGCCAGUGUCUUUUUCGAUGGGGUGGAGAGUGGGUUGAUAUUCGGAGAGCUUCUCGCUUUAAUCGCAUCCGCCAUCGGCCCAGGGAACACCACAACUGCCGAGCGCGCCGACAAAAUGGCCCUGGUCAGAUUCGUCUUGUCACACUUUAAUGUCAGGGAAGAGGAAAUGGUGACUACACAUGCGCCACUGACAGCCUUAUCGAUACUCUGCAUGCUCGAGGAUGCCAAGGAAAGGGCAAAGGGCGAUUCUCCAUCUGAAGAAGACAAGAAUCUAACAUCACAGGCGCUUGGAAUAGCUACCGAUUUGAUAGACCUUGUUCCGGAGCGAGCAUUCUCAGUCUCAGUUGGAAAGUCAUCAGAAAAAGCCGAAUCAGAAUCCGCCACUAUUGUAUCUACUCUGGGCAUCCUGAAGAGAAUCAAGGACUUCUACGUGAACGAGCAAGGGAGUCUGGAAGUCAGCCCCGCCCCAUUUACACCGCAGCGCACAGGCGAGCUACUCCUGGGUAAGGCAUGCUCACUAAACUGUGAAGCCCUGCAUGCAGAAAGCCAAAGAACAGCACUCGGGAUCAAGAGUCGGAUGCUGCUGCUUUUGCUAAACAAGACAAGUCCCAAGGCCUCAUUCGAUGUCAAGAAUCUCCUGAUAUCGAUGCACGAUCGACUCUCUUCAAAAACGCCACUGGACUUCAUUGCCUUCUCCUCUAUAUUGGUCCUCUCUACCACACUUUUGUCGUCUGAGCGCAUCCCCGAGCUUGAGCUUUCGAAUAUCAUACCAGAGCUUGUGCGGCAUGCUUGGACAUACCUGUCUAGUCCAGAACCAAAAUAUCACGUCGAAACGGCUCGUAGUCUGUGGCAGCUUCAGACUGCAUUGGGACCCCAAAACAGGGAUGUUGAGGCUGCCAUAUCCAGUCUUAUGACGCAUAAAGAAAGCACCGAGGCUCUAAUGAGCCCAGUUGCUGAUUAUGGGCGUGCUUUUGGCGUCUUAUGGACACAUACAAUACAAGACACUGCGUCUGACCGCAAGACCCCUCGGACGCCACGUCUUCAUGGAGAUACAAAAGUUUAUAAACCAAGACUCGCAGGGGUGGAGUAUUAUCAUAUCAUGCUCACACGACCGCUGUUCUUGGUUCUUGACGCGUUGCAAGAUGAAGGGACCCGACAAUUUAUGAGUGCAAAGACUUGGCUUAGCACAUUGAUAGGGGUUGACAGACUCUUCUCAAUAUUGGCCGGCAAAUUUCUCGGUCUUGGAUUCUUGCACCUAAACAAGGCUGCACCUGACAUGGAAAAGAUCGUUGCAUUCUCUAGCAGUGACGAUCUUGAUCUAUGUCUUUACUACAUGAGAACGUUCUCAACCGUUUUGCGCUUGUCGCCAGGCGAUGUCUGGGCUGUCUUGGCAAAACGUACCAUCUCAGACGAGGCUGACGAACAGCGGGGAUCAAACGACGGGAACAAUAGCGUGUCUCUUUUAGUCUUCUUUCUCCAAGUCUGCAUGAGGUGUGUUAUAUCUGAAGCUUCAGCAGAAGACAAGGAACUGGAUGACAGAACUACGCAGUUGUGCCGUUCUGCACUUGCGGGUCUACAUCAAAUCCUCCUGAGCCCUUACGCAGUAUCGCUUGCAGAGCUUCACCUGGAAGACAUCCUGAUAGAGAAGACCAUGAGGUCCCUGACUGGUUCAGAUCCUUACGUGCAAGUGCUCUUGCUAGACGUAGUCUUUGCUUCGCUUAAACUGCGGGAGACGUUGACUGAUCAGCCGCUGUCGCCAACAUCGAUAUCUGAGAAGCGGCCAAGUGUGGACCCUGCCAGAAUGGGACAGAACCCAGGGGCCGGAGAUGUUGUGGGACGACCACUCGGCCCGCCGCAGGCUCUACUGAAAUGUAUUCAGGCAGGACUAAGCUCGCCCAGCAGUCGAGCUGUCCUCGACAGCUGGGUCAGCUUUCUCGGUGAAUGCUUGCCAUUUUACUCGGAUUCUAUCUUCCAAGUCCUCAUCCCGCUCGUUGAAACUCUCUGUGGACAGAUCAGCAGUACUUUGUCUGAGCUUCAAAAACUAUUCAAGGAGGCUGGAAGGCCCCAAGGGGGAGCAAACAGCGGGCCCGAGACCACAUUGAUCUCGCUACUCAACGCUCUUGAACAGGUAUUGGCCAAGGGACAUGAUCGGCUAAUGGCAGAAGAGGCACGCGUGUCGCUCGUCAAGGGCCCGGAGCAGCCGCAAGGUUUCCUUGCCAAUAUAUUCUCGUCAGACGCCCCACAGUCCAGGAGCGCAACUGCAAAUGACAGACUCACCGUACUUUUGGCAUUCCAGGAUGCGGUGCGCAUGUGUUUUAGAAUCUGGUCUUGGGGCCAGGGGCCGGAUGUGGGCACACAAGAUCUUGCCAGUACGGCCUCUUUCAACUACACAUCAUUGCGGAUGAGGAACCGGGCUAGGAGACUGCUCGAACACCUCUUCACGGCUGAGACCCUGCAGUGCAUGGAGACAAUGGUAGAGAUCUGGCGGGGUUCGCCGGGUGCGACGCAGCAGCAGGCCGAUGUGUUCAACCUGCUGCCUGCUCUGGACAGCUCGCGGCCGAAACAUACCAUUCCGGCUCUAUUCAACGCCAUUCACAGCCGGACGAACCCAGGCGCCCUGGACUCGUCUCGCAAGUCAACACUGACCGUAGAGCUGCAGGACUACGACGUUGUCAUAUUCCUAGUUGAAUAUGCCCGGUCACUCGAGGAUGAUGCCAUGGAAGAGAUCUGGCAGGAUUGCAUCGUUUUCCUGAAAGAAUUGCUCGGAAAUCCCUUCCCGCAUAGGCAGACGCUUCCCAGCCUGCUAGAAUUUGCGGCCAUCCUGGGGGAGAAGGUUGAUAACACGAAUUUUGGAGAGCAGAAGAAGAUGCGGAGGGAGCUUGGAGAUCUAUUCCUUCGUCUACUUACGGCUCUUUUCACCACCAGACCGAUGACAUUUACCGAGCUUAGUUCACCGGAAAAGUCAAGAGCUCCCGAUUUCUCGCAGAAGCCUUCACCUCCCAAGGGCCCAUAUGAAAGAGCCGAGGACGUGGUAGAGGUUUUGUCCUCAAUUGUACCAAGCCUUCACAAGAUUCUGGUCGAAUCUGACCGCGUACUGACGGCGGCCGCCUCGAUUUCCACAAACGUCAUUGGGCCAAGUCUGAGAUCCAAGUCGUUCCCUGACACUGUGACCAAGAGUACAUUAAUACUGUUGCAGGAACUUGCCAGGCUGCCUAACAAUCAAAAGACUUGGAAGAAAGACGUGGCCGACGCGUUCAACGACCCGAGAUUCUUUUCCUCCCCUCUAGCCCUGGUUCAGAGCGACUGGCUUCUUCUAUUACGGCAGUGGAGCGUAAGCGACAAGGAUAGGAUGCCUGAGAUGGUAGGGCGCAUUGCUACGCCUACGACUGCCGGAAUAGUGUUUGGUGUCGGUGCAACGUCGGCACGACUGGAAUCGGAUCGCAAGACACAGCUUAACCUCCGACGGAUCGCAACUCUGAUCCUCGCCUCGGCGGCCGAUACGUUCGUAACGGAAGUUGGCCUGAUUUUAGACAAGAUGGUAGAGCUCCUAGGGGCGACGGCCACGUCAUCUCCAUCAUCGACGACGAGGGCGGAGUUGUUUAUGGUGGUGCGGGCGCUCGUGCUCAAGACAAGCGCUGUGCACCUGGCACCGCUGUGGCCAAUCAUCAACGCGGAGCUGCAUGCGGCCAUAUCGAGUGUGGCAUCGCCGGACCACAGCGCAGCCGGCGACACGUACAAUAACGCGAGCGUGCUGCAGGCAUGCAAGCUGCUGGACGUGCUGAUCUGCGUAGCGCCCGACGAUUUCCAACUGCACGAGUGGCUGUUUGUCACUGACACGAUCGACGCGGUCCACCGACCGGGCUCGGCGCACUACCAGCCUGUCGCUCUCGUGGACGAGUUGUCGGAAGAGCUGGGGUCCAGCGGGAUGGCGGGUGCGGCAGACCUCGUGGAAGUCGCCAGCGGGGAGCGGAGGAGGCCGAUGUUGGGUCCGGGAGGCAUCAGCGACGAGGUCAACCUGGAGAGGCGGGAUGAGCUCGUGGCCAAGAUCCUUCGGCCUUUCUUUGGACAGCUGAGCAUUUAUGCGUUCGAAUCGACGUAUGCGAUGGGUCCGCUGGAUUGGGAAGGGUGUGUGAGGGGUUUGUUGAAGGACUUGUUUGAUGAGAGGAGUAUCGUCAAGGCCUUGUAG